UCCAGUGAGAGCAAGCUCUGCGGCCAGGCACUGCCAGAGCAGUUGGGAAGGAAAAGCAGGAACUGUCUGAUUUUGCUGCCCAUUCACCCACUGACCAAGUUUCAAGAGCCACAAGCACCUGGGAUCAGAAAAAACCUUGAGAAUGACAAGGAAGAUCUUCACCAACACCAGGGAGCGAUGGAGGCAGCAAAAUGUCAACAGUGCCUUUGCCAAGCUGCGGAAACUCAUUCCCACCCACCCACCAGACAAAAAACUGAGCAAGAAUGAGACGCUUCGGUUAGCUAUGAGAUACAUCAACUUCCUGGUCAAGGUCCUGGGAGAGCCAGGCCUGCAGCAGACAGCAGUGGCAGCACAUGGCAGCAUUCUGGGGUUCUUCCAGCAAGUCCCAUGCUUGCAAAGCAUGGAGGAGCUGACUCUGAUUGAAAACUGUGGUGUCUCCUCUCCUGACAUGAGCAGCAAUACAGCAGAGUGUUGGUCAGAGACAUCAUCUCCCUAG